AUGGCGGAUGGCAUAGAAGAUCUCCCAGAGAUCAAGUUCUCUCGGAUGCAUCAAGAGGAAGUACCGCCUAUUUAUCCAGGUGCAGACUACUUGCUUUCUGGCCACCCUAUUAGUUCUACUCAGUCUGUGCAUUUUGUGCCUCCGGGGCUUAUUCCUAUCAAUGGCCAGUCUGGUCUCGAUCCCUCGCCUAUUCAUCAAGCUGUGCCGUACUACUCCCCCUCUCACGCACAUGCUCUGUCUCCUGUGACGGGCUCGUUGACUAGUAGUACUGCAGCGCUGGCCACUGCACCCCUUGAUGGCUCUAUGCCGUCUAGCGUCGGUUUAGACUUCCCGCCUCCAGAUAUGGCGCAUCGCCCUGCUUGCACAGCAACUCCAGUGUCGUCAGUGACCUCUGGCGUGUCUCCUCCACACAACCUCUCCUUAAACCCUAACCCGGUCACUGUUCCUAUGUCGAUACCCGUACAGAUGGCACCCGUUGCUUCCUCUCCAUCGCUACUAUGUGCCAUGCAGUAUCCUACUCAGCAUCAGUAUCCUAGCAGUUUUCCGUCCCUAGCCCAUGGUAACCCUGGCCAUCCAUACUACUUCUCCUGUCCUCCAUUCCCCUACUCGGCAGGCUCCUUGCACAGUCAGCCACCCGUACAUUCGCACUCUCCCGUUGCAGGGCCAGUUCCGUUCUACUUUACACCUCAUACUGCACCUCAGCUGGCUUAUUCACAACCAGUACUCUCUACUCAGACUUUUGCACCACUUACAGUACCCCCUGUACCCGUCCCCAGUGGUGGACAGAGCUCUUUGACAGCCGUAGCUGCAACCACAGCGGCAACUACAAUAGCUGUUCGUAGGACCGGUGGCAAGGACCGUCCAUCUAUCUUCCAAGAGCGAGCGAGGGUAAGCGUAUCUACGAGACGGGGUGAACCCCCUGAGGUGUCCUCCAAGGACGCUGCUGAGGCAAAGAAAGCCGAACUGAUGCAAGCAGGCCCACGGGCUGCAAUAGCAUAUAUGAGGGAAAAUGAAAAGCACAUAGAGGUGCUUAUGAUGUCUCCUUGUGGAAAUCAUCUGCUCCAGGCCCUCGUUAAGCUUUCUCCAGAUGUUGUAGGGUCCAUUAUACUCAACAGUACAACAUAUAAUGAGGACAUCUUCAGGAUGAUUAUUAAGGGGAAAUGUAGCUGCUGGGUUUUACAGGCUAUAUUUAGUUGUGGAUACGUUCACGACAAGACUUUUGAGGAUUUACUGAUCAAGCAUCACGAGGAGAUUGCAAAAAGUGAGUAUGGAAACUUUGUCCUUCAAAGGGCUAUAGAGUGCCCACAGUUUCAGUUUUUUGAUACUUUGUCCGAACAUCUCCUGCUAAGCUUUCAAUCUAUAUGCGGCUGUAAGUACGGUUCUCACGUGGCAGAGUGUCUCAUCAAGACCCUUUCUGCAAGAUCUAAGCUUGAUGCCGCUGCAUACUGGCUGUUCACUCAACCAUAUUUUUAUGGCCUAAUAAUUGACCAGCACGGAUGCUUUGUAGUAGAGAAGAUAGCAGAGGUUGCAACAGGAGAAGUGAAGACAUGCUGCUUACGUAUUGUUAAGUAUGUGAUUAGUCUUUUCGCCCCCGGCAGCCAGCCUCACGAAGCGGCAGAGCUAUUGGGUAUUACUCAGCAGAUUACCCCUAAUCUAGUUGAAAACAUCAAUAGUAUUCUUUAUUCUGUUAAAUUGAGAUGUAGAACCAUCAAUAAAUCCUUUGAGUCCAUGGUUCCAAUGUCUCAAAAAGAUCUUCAUGCAUUUCUUAAGGACCGCAAUAUUUCGGUAGUAGGUCCUAUGGGCUGCUCGGACGCUAUGUAA